AUGUCGUCAAACGAGCGGCUCCUAGCUCAGGAGGUUUUCAGAUUGGCCGCUCUUCCAGACGCAGUCGAGAAUGGCAACAUUGUAAAGCGGUAUAUGAGCCAACGGAGCGCAUGGCAUCCGGAAGGCGACGUCUCAAUUGCGAGCGAGACUGUAUACUCGGGAUUGAAAAAUGGGCCUUCAAAUCGAAAAGUGGCGUUUGGUGGACACGUGUACAGCCAAGCGGGAAUAGCUGCAUCUAAAGCCCUUGGUGAUAUGCAAACUUUGCGGGCUGGUGCUUCUCGAAAGGAAAUCGGUAUUCAUACUAUUCAUGGGUACUUUUCGGAAGCUGGCCUUAUAGAUCGGCCAUUUAUAUACAGUGUGACUACUCUGGCGCCAAACCCUUCAUUCCCAAAUUUUCUAGUCACAGUGCGACAGCCUCUAUCAUCAAGCACAAAUCCAGCAGGAGAUCAUUUCCCGCCUGCCGACGCCGAGCUUCCUCUUGGCCCAGUUUGCUUCAAUGCUUUAGUAUCCUUUAGACCGUCCGUAGUCUCACAGCAUGUAGCCCAGGAACUACCAGCGCAGACACGGUUCGCAGAUAUCCUGAGCUCCCGGCCCCCCUCGGCAUGGGAUCCGGCGCCACAUCUAGAUAUCGCCAAGACCAUAGACGAGUUUCCGAUGCGGAACCCUGGGACCUUUCCCGCAGUCGAUAUGAAAAAGGUCGACCUCACCGCCUUUAAUGAGGGCAAACCGCUCCAUGAGCGGCGGGAGCUUUUGUUAUAUCGGCUGCUUGCCCCUUUACCCGCAGAUCACCCCGAUUCGCACAUUUGCAUCCAUGCGUACGAAGCGGAUAGGAAUGGGUUGCUCAUGAUAGGUAACCAUGUCGGGUUUGGGUACGACUUCGGUCGCGCCGCUAGCCUGAGCUAUUCUUUUGUGGUGCACGUCAAUCCCGAGGACGCGGUAAUGUCUUAUGGCGAAGAUGAGUGGUGGAUUCAAGAAGCAUGCUUCCCUCGACUGGAAGCAGGGAGGGCGGUCAUUAUGAGCAAGAUCUGGAGCCCGAAAGGUGUGCAUGUCGCAACGGAAUAUCAAGACGGCUUAUGCCAACGCCAAUGGAAACCAGGCGAGAGAAAGGGGAAGCUGUAA